AGUCUACAACACGCAGUCCAAUCUGUUUGUUACAGAUUAUAGUUUUGGAAACAGAAAACUGUAUGGAGAUGAAAUGUUUAAUCGAAGGGAAAAAUAGCUGAAUUUCGCGCCAUCUUCUCCUACUGCCGACCAUUGGGCUUUCUCUCAUCACCAUAUUUGGUAGCGAGAGGAAUCGACGCCAACCGGAUGCUUCACACUUAUACAUCCGCUGAAAUAUCUGGCUCAUUGUUUUAUGUGUGGCUUGGCAGUGCAAGGCCCGAAGAUGGCUGCAGGAUCAGGUGCGUCAAGCGGCCAAAGUCGUGGUUUGCCUGUAGCUCUGGAGUCAACGUUGGACCGACGGUUUCAAGGAGUGUCGAACACAAUGGAAUCAAUUCAAGGACUAUCAAAUUGGUGCAUUGAGAACAAGAAAUACCACAGCCUUAUCGUUCGUUACUGGAUUAAAUGGUUGAGGAAAUCUGAGGCUUCGCAUCGGCUCAAUUUGUUCUACCUUGCCAACGAUGUCAUUCAGAACUGUAAGAGGAGAAAUGCCAUCGUCUACCGUACUGCCUUCGCCGACGUGCUCCCUGAGGCCUUCCAGCUGGUCAAUAAUGUCGGAGACUCUAAGGUGAUGAAGUCAGUGGACAGGAUAUUAACCAUCUGGGAGGAGAGGAGUGUGUACACAGAGCAGCUCAUAGCUGAGCUGAGGGCCAGUCUUGUCAAAGAAGAGUCACCUGCUGCUGUUGAGACGCCUAAAGAUCCAGUCAACCCUAAGGCUGCUCUUCAAUCUAAGAUUGUUGCUGAGUUUGUCCCCCAGGCUUUCAUCGAUCACCUCUCUAAGUACCACAGCUCUGUGGAGGAGGUGGCACUGAAGGAGAAACAGCUGGCAGCUAUGAGGGUGGACGUCUGCAGCACCGAGGCCCUCAAGAGACUGAAAGAUAAGGCAGGAGGAAAGAGGCACUCCAAGGACUUUGAGGAUGGCAGUGCGAAGUUAAAGGAGUUUGUUGCCUUCCUUGACCGGCAGAUCAAAGGAGGGCCCCCUCUGUUGGAUGCUCUUGGCAACGCAGAUAUUUUCUACGAGAUGCAGUAUAAGGAGGUCAAGAUAGUUGCCAAUGCCUACAAGACGUUUGCCAACCGGGUGUCCAACCUCAAGCGUAAGCUGGACAGCCUCAAGGCCACCUUACCAGACCUGGACGAGUCACCCAUCCCCUCGCCCUCGAUGGACGCCCCCUCUCCCAAUGGCUCAGAGUCCCCGUUCCAUGACCUGGCCGACCCAGACUCCGACCUGGAUGGCCUGGCCAUGGAUGAUGAGGCGGACAUCACUUUAGGGGAAGCACCAAGCCCUCUGUCCUCCCCUGGUGGCUCCCCCAAGCAGGGCUUCACCGUAGGGGAGUCAGACAACCGUGACGUGGAAGACAUGGAGCUCUCGGAUGAGGAGGCAGAGAACGUCAGUAUCAUAGUUGAGGAGCGAGUUGAAAGUCCCAUCCCAUCUCCAGUCCCCAUUCCUGUGCCUGUUGUCACAAAGCCGCCACUGGCCACAGAGGCAAAGUCUGUUCCACUGGCCACACCCUCCCCAGCUAUCGCGACCCCUUUGACCCAUACAACCAACAUAUCAGGCAACCUCGCCAAUGUGGACCUGGGUAAAAUUAGCUCUAUUCUCAGCAGCAUCACAUCUGUCAUGAAGAAACCAGGAGUGAGUCCAGGUGGUUCUUUGGUCUCCCCCUCUCCAGCCAAGACCAUCCCUCCUGCCCCAGUAGCCCCCCAGGUAGCCAGCCCUCUGGCCAGCAUCCUGUCCAAAAUGGACAUGACUCCUGAGGAGCUCUUCAGUGCACUGUCCGAAUCCCAGGGGCAGGCCAGCGGGCUACAGGGCCUUCCCACUCGUCUGAACAGUCCAACGGGAAACCUCUCCUCAAACUCCCCCAGUACAGGCAAGCUCCCUCCCUCCACCCCUACAGUACCCUCUCGAGGCCUUCCUCUCAACUCCUCUACGCUCGAACCAACCCCAGCAGCCCCUGCAGUGGGGAACACCACCGCCGUCCCUCAGGCAUCGUCCCUUCCCCAGUCCACACUGCCUCUAGCCAUCGGCCCUCAUAGAGGGCUGGUCCUGGAGCAGGAGAAGGAAGAAAAGCCUUCCACUUCCAGCCUGGAGUCCAAGAUCCACAGCUUCCUGCAGGGUAAUCCUGGCUUUAAUGCCUUUAACCUGGGCUUGGCUAGCGUGGCCGUCCAAGCGGGAGGCAGCAACCUCAGCCCCUUAGCGGGUACAGAGACCCAGGGGGGCACUCCGGUACGGGACGAGGCCGGAGGAGGCACCCCCACCCUGGAUGAGAUCAUGGACACUCCGGGAGGAGCAGAACCCUUCCUGGCCAAACAAGGUCAGGUCUCUGGGGUUCCUAAACCAGAAGAUGGCAGCCUGUCUCUGUCUCCAACUGCCUGCCAUAACCAAGCCUGGCAGGAUCCCAAAAACACUCAUGGCCAUUUAGGACUACAUCCAGUAGCACCUAAUGGUCAAGGGUACCACCAGUUGCCUUAUGAAGGGAAGGACGAUAUGCAUGGAAUAGCUCCUUCUCUCAGAGAGUCUGGAUUGGCCCAUUACCAGCCCAUCACAACACAGGUGUCAGCCCCAACCCUCGGGGAGGGGUUACUCAGUAACACAUCUGCAGGGCCGAAUGCCAACGUGAGUGAAGGAGGAUGGUAUGGUAAUCCCUACCCAGAGGGACAGGCCCUGCAUCCCAGCAACCACAACAUGGCUGCCUCAGGGGCAGGGGAUGGCAAAACCCCCAUGUCAGGACUGUAUGCAUACCAGGGGGAGGGGCAGACGCAGCCCUACCAAACAAGGGAUCCUCAUGCUCUGCCUUUCCAACAGGGGGCCAACCCCUCAAGCUUCCUCAACAGCCCUCUGCCCCCCAUUCCACAGCUGCCCCCACCGCCCUUCCCUGGGAUACCAGCCCCACCGCAGGACUACCAGGGCCCGCCCGCGUCUGUGAUGGUGCCUGUGGAGGGAACUUCACCAAACCCUGAGAUUGAGGAUGGCAGGGCGGGCGUCAGUACAUUGGGCGGUCCGGUGAUCAUCAGUGACCCCUAUCACCCUGAUGACUUUCGCCGUCACCCAGAUGUCCUUCAUCGCCACGCAGAUGACCCAUAUCACCCUGACGAUUUCUGUCGUCACCCCGAUGACCUCCAUGGCCACUCCGAUCUACUCAGUCAGCCUGACGACCUGCAUCACCUUGACGACUUCCAUCGCCAUCCCGACGACCUCCGCCGGCACCCUCACGAUCUCUGUCACCCAGACGAUCGCUAUUAUCACCCAGAUGAUUUCCACCAUCUACCUGUAGACGAUCCUCAUUAUCCUUAUAGAGUCAGAGAGCGCCUCACUCCCCCCCUCUCUCCCUCAGAAGACCCUUACUACUAUAACUACCCUCCACGCAGCCCUUCCCCUCCAUAUGGUCACAGACACCCCCUUCCCCCUCACAUGAACCUGCACCACCCUGACCACAUGCCCCUGCCUCUCCAUCCUCUCCACCUAGCUCGCCAUCCACACCUGAGAGGCCUCCCGCGGGGACCCCCACGCCCACCUCUCCGUAGCCCCAUGUUCAGGGGGAAGCGGCCUGGGCCUCCUUUCGGUGGACACCCCAGAGGGGGACCAGGUGGUCCGUUCUUUCCCCCCAAAAGACCACACCUACCUCCGCGAUUCUGACUUGUCAACUGACUUGGUUCACAUCAAAUUAGUGCUUAGUCUACAGGAAUGUCAUUGAGGCAGGCGACGUGACACAUGGAGGUUAGAAGAGGAGGUGGAUAAGAAAUGAGUUGGGGAAAGAAGCUGAAGACUUCAGGUGUACUUUUAAACCAAGAAGGGGAGCGGAGAAGAGGCCUGAGGAACAGAAAUAGAUGAGUACAGUUGAAGGAGAAGUGGAGGAGUAAAUUGGGAGGAUCUUAAGGAAUCGAAGAGAGGAUGAGUGAAGACAUAGAUGAAUGGAUCUGGAGAAAGAGGGAACGGAGAGGUCGGCCUGAACAACGGAGAUGCAGCGGAAUAAAAGAAGAUAAGAGGUGGAUAUAUAAUUCAGUUUGAUUAUUGUUCUCAUUUGUUCAAAUAUAAAACAUUGCAUUAAAAACUUUAGUUAAUUUCCCCAUCUGAAUUAGCUCUAAGCUUGCAUAUAUGCUUGUGUGCAUGCGUUAGUGUGAGUUACAUCUAAGACUACUGUUCAUUAUUUAAACUGCAUUUUAAGACGUUAUUCUUCUGCAAAGUAGGCUUAAGUGUCAGAGAAAGGUAGUUACUGCUAUGUUUCUCUUGUCAUUUUUCAAUUAAAAGUUGAGGUCUACUUUCCCUUUGCAAAGACCUAACCGAGAUCCCAACAGCCGAGAAUUUCUCCUACGUUGUCUCUUUUUGUUUACACUACAUUUUAUGUAAGUAGACACAAAGAAUGUAAACGUAAUAUUAUGUUCUUCUACAAUAUCCGUUUGUGUAACUGGGGGACAAUGAUAAAUUCCAUAAAUGAUGACUUUGAAUAUUAUUUAUAAUUGUUAAGCAAAACUUUGUUCAGUGUACAUAGUGCGAAAGAUUUAACCCUUUUACUGGCUGUGUCGUCACUACUCUCAUUUCUCAGAGAAGGAUGACACCAGCACAGGGGUAAUAGAAUAAAACAGGGCUUUGGGGGGGGGUGAUGAUAUUUUGUUGCCCCUAAAUGACAAAGAAGAAAAGUUCAUUUUGGAGUUGGAUCAAGAAACUCCACUUUCCGUCUUCAACUAUCUUUUACUUGUACUGGCUUUAAUAAAAACCUGAGUUUGAAAACCGCA